CUUUCCGCUGGAAGGUAAAUACGCGGUUCAACGCCAAAACGUCACAAUAUUUGGACGAACGUACAAUUCAAUGUAUGGUUUAUAUAUUUAUGUUCAGUGAUUAAAGUAUAUUUAUGUUCAGUGAUUAAAGAAUAUUCCACUAUAUUGUCAUAAGUGUUUUAAACCUCAGCAGCAAUAAUGGGAAAGGAUUAUUACAAAAUUUUAGGCGUUCCAAGGACUGCAAAUGAGAGUGAGAUAAAAAAGGGGUACAGAAAGAUGGCUUUAAAAUACCACCCUGACAAGAACAAAUCUCCAAAUGCAGAGGAAAAGUUUAAAGAAAUAUCGGAAGCAUAUGACGUGCUAAGUGACAAAAGUAAAAAAGAAAUUUAUGACAAGUAUGGUGAAGAGGGGCUGAAGGCAGGCUCAGGUGGUGGGGGUGGGGGUAGUGCCCCAGGUGGAUUUCAUUAUACUUACCAGGGAGAUCCAAGAGAGACAUUUAAAAUGUUUUUUGGAGACGAAGAUCCAUUUGCAAAUUUCUUUAGUUUUGGUUCUGGACCAGGUGGACAGGGUUUCAGAACUACACAUUUUGGACAUGGUGGAGGACAGCAAUCUAUGGAAACUGAUGAUGAUCCUUUUGGAAAUUUCGGUUUCGGUGGUGGAAUGCCCAGUCAUGGUAUGCCACGUAGGAAACAGCAAGACAGUGCUGUUGUUAGGGACUUGCAAGUAUCUUUAGAAGAUAUUUAUAAAGGAACUGCAAAGAAACUGAAAAUUACCAGAAAAGUGUUAAAUUCUGAUGGACGCUCAACAAGAACUGAAGACAAAAUUCUUACAAUUGAUGUUAAACCUGGUUGGAAAGCAGGAACCAAAAUUACAUUUCCAAAGGAAGGUGAUCAGACACCAAAUAACGUGCCUGCAGAUAUAGUGUUUGUGAUAAAAGACAAGCCCCAUCCGAUGUUUACCAGAGAUGGCAGUGACAUUAGAUACAAAGCUUCAAUUUCAUUAAAACAGGCUCUAUGUGGAACUACACUUCAAGUGCCAACAAUUGAUGGACGUAAAAUACCUCUUCGUCUCAAUGAAGUUAUCAAACCUGGAAUGCUUAAAAGAAUACAGGGUGAAGGACUACCGCAACCAAAACAGUCAGCCAGAAGAGGAGAUCUAAUAGUGGAAUUUGACAUUAGAUUCCCAAGUAAAAUGACAUCUAGUGCUAAGGAAAUUCUUUCGGACUGCUUACCAGACUCUUAGAACGAAGUGCGUGUGCGGGAAUAGGAGUUAUAUUGUAAAUAUGUAUACCAGUUAUCACUACUGUACAUUAGAUACCACUGCUGUACAUUAGGUACCACUGCUGUACAUAUAUAAAAAAAAACAUGUUGCUAGAUUUAAAGUGAAAGAGAAGUACAUGUAACAGUUGUGUUACUUCUUGUGACAAUAUUAUCAUUGUUGCUUUAAAAGUAAAAUGGGCAUUUUCUGUAUAUUUUGAACUAAAUGUAUAGUACAAGUGUUGUGUGAAGAGUCUGUGUUUCAUAUAGUUUUAAGAAAGCAUUGAAUAUUCAUAUUUCUGUUUUAGCCCUUUCAAGAGAUUACAGAGUUUUGAAUAUUAGUGAAACUGUUUAUUCAUGAGGAAAUUUGCAAAAUCAUAUUGCACUGUAUGAUAUAAAUUUUGCCUAAAGCAGAGGACUUGCUUAUAUUUCUAGUACAGUUGAAAGUCUUCCUUUCGAACGGAAUGGGUAAAAAAAAUCCCAGAGCUAGAUUGCAGUCACUUGGGAAGUUUUUUAUGCUUCAGUUUCAUAACCGAGUUAUUAAAGGUUUCCAAAAUUCAAGUUAUUUAAAGCUGAAGACUUUCUACAUUUCGAAAAAGAAAAAUUUGCAUCUGCAAGUAAAGUAGGUCAGAAAAAAAUUACAGAACUGAAGUAUUAUGUUCAGAUUGUUAGAUGUGGAAAAUAAGUCUGUUUACUAUAUGCAUUGUAACCAUAACAACAUGUUGUGGUAAGAUGUAUUUAGACCUACUAAACAUGACUGUGUGUGUGUUCUGUUGAAGCAUUUUUUAUAUAUUGACAUAUCAUUAAAGAUUUACUACAUACCAUACCAUCUCAAUUUGAUUUACAUGUAAUAUGUCAUAAUGUGAAAUUGUUAAGUAGAGUGAAUGUUACAUAUUUUUGUGAAAUUUAAAUUGAAAGUAGUUAACUGUAUGCAUACUGUUUUACAAACAAGUAUUUUCAAUUUUGAUGUUAAAGAUUUGUUGAAAUCAGUUUAUUGAUAAUAAACUGAGAAAUAUGAA